AUCUUUUGGGAUGAUUAACAGUAAUACAGCUCGUAACUUCGAGUCCGAUUAAUUAAGUGUUGAAUGAAGGAACGUACACUUUAUAGACCAAGCGUCCUUUCAGGGUAUCUCACUCGCUUUUUGUAUUUUUAACUUGUUUACAUCGAAGCGCACCGAAGAAAAGGUGACUUUUUUGGGGGGAUUUCAUGCCAUUUCUCUCCCGAUCAGCUGAUGCAGCCAGGUGAACUGCAGACGGAUGGAUGAAUGGCUGAGGCUGGAUGGCUGCUUUUCUAGUCUAGUGGAGGAUUUGCCGCUCGUCUCACAUUACACCGCUGCUCUUCAUCUUCCUGUCUCCCUCCGUCGCGAUCGCUCCCCCUCGGCCUGUGAGCGGAUGAAUGCCGAAGCCUGGGAUUUUAUCAUCGCCCAAAGGACUCCAUGUCUUUCUUGGACUGUUCCUGCAUCUCCCACGCUCAGGUCCAGCCCUUGGACCUAGAGGAGCGCUAUGAGGACACCAGCCACCAGUUCCUGAGCUGUGACGGUUCUCAAUACACUCUGCAAGGGCCAGCGGGAGGCGAUGACAUCACAGGACUGUCAGCGGUGCCCGCCCACUACCAGCUGCUGUCUGAGCUCGGGAGGGGCUUCAAUAACCUGAGCCAGGUGAACAUGGCGCGACACAUCCCUACUGGCCAGCUGGUUGCCGUCAAGCAAACCAACCUGGACGAGUGCACCGAGGAGGAGCUGGUGCAGCUCAUGAACGAGGUUCUGCUGUCCCGGCUGUUCCGUCACACCAACCUGCUGACGUCUCGCCUGGUCUUCAGCUCCUGCUGCCAGCUCUGGGUCCUCACACCGCUCAUGGCUUAUGGCUCUGCAGACACCUUACUAAGAACAUACUUCCCAGAUGGAAUGAGUGAAUCCCUGAUAGCGUACCUGCUGUAUGGUGUUCUGAAGGCGUUGGAAUACCUGCACCAGAUGGGCUACGUGCACCGCGGGUUGAAGGCCAGUCACAUCCUGCUGUCCGGCGAGGGGCGUGUCUACCUCUCAGGGCUGCACAGCAUUUACAGUAUGAUGCGCGAGGGGAAGAGGAUGAGGGCCGUGUUUGACAUGCCCCAUCACAGCCCGGCCCUGCUGCCCUGGCUGAGCCCUGAGCUGCUGCGACAGGACCUGCAUGGAUACGGAGUGAAGUCUGAUAUCUACAGUUUAGGUAUUGUGGCCUGUGAGCUGGUCAGCGGCAGGGUGCCCUUCCAGGAUAUGCCCCCCACUCAGAUGCUGCUCCAGAAGCUCCGGGGCUCCCACUGCUGCCUCCUGGACGUCGCUCCCUUCCCGCUCGGCGAGCUCGGGGGGCUGAAGGUGUCGCGGUCCGGCGUGGACUCCGGCAUCGGGGAGAGCGUGGCCACGGGGAGCCUUACGCACAGCGCCACCGCUCCCCCCGCCGAUCGACCCCAGAGCCCCGCGCCCAAAAACCACUCGGUCACCCUGCACAACCUGGUGCAGCUGUGUCUGCAGCAGCAGCCUGAGCGCAGACCGUCAGCAUCUUCACUGUUGACCCAUGCCUUCUUCAAGCAGGUGAAGAGGCACACCAGAGACUCCUUCCUCAGCCUCAUGUACCCAGCAGCGCCCCUCACCAGCCUGGACGACCUCCCGGUAUCCUGCCCCCCCACCCCGUCCUGCCACCCUCUGACAUCCACCCCCACAGAUCCCGCUGAGGGGGUGUGGGACUUCUCCUAACCCCAAAUCCUCCAUCACUCCAAAUACUGACUAGCAAGCCAAACACGAGACAAUCAAAACAGAGCAAUGAGGCCAAAUUCUACUGUGCUUUUAUUUUGUAGUAUUCACUCUCUGAGCCUUUUUUUUUUUUUUUUAAGUAGUUUUUGUAGUUUUUUUUUUAAAUAUGUUUGUCGGAUACAUAUGUGGAGUAACGUUGGAGCAGCUGACAGGACUGUGAAAGUGCUGUAUCAAAAAGCUGCUCUGAUCAUAGUCUAAAGGUCAUGAUAAGAAUUUGUUUCAGAAUAAAAGCCUGGUUGACCGAUAAUCAAGCGCUUCCGAACAGCAACUACGAGUUAAAGAAAAAAAAAGUCCACAUGGUUAAAAACAGCUGUUGUUAUUUUGUGUGCCUGUAGUCGCAGUUCUUCUCCUUUAAAGUAUUUACAGGAAAAAAGUGACUUUGGAAAUAAAUCAAAAUCCAACAAAAAGUGAAACCUCGAUAGGUACUGCAGACUAAUCUCUGAAGAGUGAGAGACUGUGUAACGGUGUUUUUUUCCCUUUUUUAAGUGUUAUGUUGUAUUCAUACUGUGAAUAGUGAAUGCUGUGAGCGUAGUUACGUCACCUAUGUGCAUAUAUAUUCAUCUUUAUAAUCAAACUAAGGAUGCAAAGGAGGGGAAAACAGAAGAUAUUUGAACAUAAAAACCUGCUACACAUAUUUUGAAUUUAGUGUCUUACCCUUUUUUUUAUGUUAAGAUAUAACUCUUACUCUUAACGGGAAAAACAGAAUCUGCCUUAGAAUUAAAAUGUUUGAAAUGUUUAUUGAGUAUCAAAGUAAUUAUAUAAACUAGUUAUAGUUGUUUGUACAUUUAUGAAUACAGGAAAUACAGGAACAGCUAAUCACUAUUUUGGCGUCUUUUAUCUGCUCCACUUUUCAGAAAAUGUUCCCUUUGUGACAUCACAAAGGGCAGUAACCCCUCCCCCAGGUGGGUGACACUCCCACAGCUAGGUGUUUGUUCUGUCCUCUGAGUCUGCCUUCUCACCGUAAACAAUAGGACAUGGGAGCGAGAAAUCCCCAAGCCCUUCCAGAAAGGGGGCGUGGUCAAACAUAGCUAAUUUACAUAUUUAAAGCUACAGCGACAGAAACAGCCUGUUCUGAGCAGGGCUGAAAUAGAGGGGUUUAUAGACAUGAUCAAAUACAGGAUCAGAGUGGAUUUAGAACAAGAAACUAGAGCUAUUAGAGGAGCUCUGAGACUUAUUUAAACUAGUUGAAAUUUAAAAUAAUGUGUGACCUUUAACAAUAUUUUGCUUCCUCUUCACCUUUUCAUAUGUAUGCUAAGCUUUGUAAAAACAAAGCAAGAUUAGGCCUCUGAUUAAUACAUGUAUUCACUAUGAUACAUAUUAUGUAUUUAAAUUAGAUUCAAACUCAAGUUUAUAAUACUGUAAUGAUACUGUUGCUGUGUGUUUGAACAUAUAUGCACAUAGUGUUUAUGUUUAGACAUUUUACAAAGUGUUCUCAUAUCUUUGCCUCGACACAAAAAAGACAAUGUGUAAACUUGACUCCUGAAAGAAGCACAUUAACAAUCCUGUCUGUGUUCAUGUAGGGGUUAGAACCCCUCUGUAGAUCAACCCCCCUUUCCUUAAUCGUAAGUUAUUCAACAAAAAAAUAGAUUUCUACUGUGCUGUACAAACACUUCUCCAACAAUGCCUUUUUGGUUUGAAUGAAAGCUGCAUUGUGAAUAUGGUGAUCUGUGUAACUGUGAUUAAGUGUAUGAGAACUGUGAUCUGCAGUUCAUGACAAAACAUGGUAGCUGUAUGAGCCUUAUCUAUAUAUAUAUACACCUAUUAUAAAUGAAAUAAAUGUACAUACACAUUUUUAUUUCUAAACUU